AAAUAACCGAACAAAAGAAUAAAUUAUAAUAAAAUGAAAAAUAUAAAUAGAAGUAUAUAAAAAUAAAUUUUUCGUUCUUUGUUUAACAAAAUCACUUAAAUUUUUUUAACAUGUAAUAGUUAUGUUUUAAUUUUUUUACAAAUACGCGUACAUAUAUAAAUAUUAAUUGUACAUUAGUUGAAGUCACAUGCAAACUUUUUCGUGCAUGUAUUUUAUUAAGAUUGAUAACAGUUUAAUUUUUAUUUUAAUUAUUAUACAAUUUAUACUUUUUAAAGUUUUUAUUUAUUCUAAGUGUAGUAAAGUAGUUGGUAUGACCGCACAUGCGUACCAACCAUCUAUCCGCUCCUAAAAAUAAGUAAAAAUGGUAAAAAUUAUUUUAGUUUAAUUUGUAAUAAAUCAAGAAAAAUAUAUACUUAAAAUAUAUUAUAUAUGUAUUUAUAAAUUUAUAUUAUAUAAGACUCAAAAAAGUAUAUUGUAGAUUGUAUAAGAAUAAAUAAAACAUAUUAUAGGAAUAUUCAAAAAAUAAUAUAAGAAUUUAAUUAUUAUUUAACAUAAUUUUUAUAUUUGUGAUUAUAUAUUAUUACAAAUAUUACAAAAAUAAAAAGUUCUAAAAUACAUUGGAUUCAGAAAGAAGUUUGUGAAAUAUUAAAAAAAUAUAUAUACAAAUAUUUAAUUUUUAAAAAAAUUAAUCAAUAUUUAAAUAUUACAAUUAACUAUGUAUAUCAAAAAAAUUAUAUAUACACAUAUAUGCGGACAACCACCUAAUUCAAUUUAAAAUGAUAAAUGUUCCCUUAGUCAAAUCAAUACUUGAUAGUAAUACACAUUUUUCAAUUAUUACUUUAUUAUAUUUUCAAGAAGUUUGGUUUUAGCUUUUAGCCUUUGGUCAUGAACAUAAUUCUAAAGUCAUAAAUGCUGACAUCCAAGAAGUGAUUGUGGUCCAUUUAUGUCUAUUACGCUAUGGAUUAGUGAGUGAUUGAUAGUUUAACAAGGCAUAUUUAUUAUUUUCUUUUUUCGUUUGACGGCAACAAGGCAUUUGAUAUACUGUAUUAUACUAUUAUAUACGUAUUUUGUUUACAGCACAAGGCAUUUUUUUUUACACAUUAGUGUUUCUCCAUCCUGUUUUAUUAAUGUUAAAACAAAUCCGCAGAUAAUGGGCCUUAAGAAAUAUUAGGCCUAAUGAGACAGCCGGCCUUUUAAGUAAUGCUUCGACGAACAACCCCGCCCUUAGGGCUAAAAGUCAUAUUUUAAUCAAACAAUUUAGGAAAAUGGAUAGCGUGACCAAUACGUAAAAUAUUAACUGAUGGCUGGUCAUAUGGCCUAAGCAAGUAGAACCAGUUUUUGACAUUAGUGACUGUUAAAGAACCACUGUUUUGCUGCCACGAAUGCCGAAUCCUAUGUAUCAAGUUACCAUUUUGUUCUACCAUGUUUGAUGUAGGUUAAUUUAGGGUGAAAUCAGAAAGUUUGAAAACGCUUAUUUGAUGUAUUUAUCAGAUAAAACCUUGAAAAGGGCAUUUGUGCAACUAAGACCAUCUCCAUCAAGAAGAUUCGAAGAUUAGUAGGAGACCUCCGGAUAGAAAAGACAUCUCCGCCAUAGUUUCAAUCCCGGAGCUUCUUCGCAGGCGGGAUUCACAGGAAAACCUGCUUCUAGAUUCUAGAAUUAAUGUAGCUGAAGAAGAUAUAUCAAAGACAGAUGAAGAAGGAGACAGAGAUACUUCCAUUAGAACACAGCCUCGUAAAGGAAGAAACCUUAGUAGCAGGAACAAAAUUUUCGGUAUUGAAUUAUCACCGGAUAAUUUUGCAGUAGCAAUGGUGUAUUUUUUUCAAGGUGUUUUAGGACUCGCGAGGCUCGCUGUUAGUUUCUAUUUAAAAGACGACUUGCAUCUUGAUCCUGCAGAAACAGCUGUGAUAAUGGGUCUUUCUUCACUGCCAUGGCUUGUUAAGCCUCUCUACGGUUUUAUUAGUGAUUCUGUGCCUUUAUUUGGCUACCGAAGGAGAUCAUAUCUAGUUCUCUCGGGACUUCUUGGUGCAUUUUCCUGGAGCUUGAUGGCUGGUUUUGUCGACAGUAAAUACAGUGCUGCUUCUUGUAUACUUCUCGGUUCCUUUUCAGUUGCCUUUUCUGAUGUUGUAGUAGAGUCAAUGGUCGUGGAAUGAGCUCGUGGUGAGUCACAAAGCGUGUCGAGAUCUCUGCAGUCUUUAUGCUGGGGAUCUUCAGUUUUUGGUGGAAUUGUGAGCUCCAGCUUUUGGUGUAAAUUUUAGUUUUUUUUUAAAAUACCUAACUAAAGAUUCAACCAAUGAAAGAGCAAAAAGUUUAAAUCAAAUACAAAGGUUCUUAGAAAAAAAAAGAAAAAAAAAUUUAUAUUAAAAAAUAUUUAACAACCCCAUAUGGAUUUCUACCAAUGGACAUGCUCUAAGAAGAGUUAUUACGAUUUUUGUUAUGUCUUUUUGUUAAAAUAUAUAUGUAUGGAAAAAGCCCACGUCAUUACGUUUUGCUUAGGGCUUUGAAGCUUGUUGGAUGGCCAUGUAAGCAAGUUAAGUAUCUACAUCAUACGACUGUCCAACCAAAUGAUCAAGAUUCAAACAAUGGAGCUCAUCUUCCUUAUCAGUAGAGGUUCAUUAGUGCAAUGCGCUCACGAUUUAGGCUUGCUCAUAUUUGAAAUCUUUGUUGUUUUCAUAUUUUUCUAAAACAAAUUUCCUUUUAAGUAUUAUUAUUAUUAAAUUAUUAAACGGUUUCUAUAUAUAUAUAGGGAAUUAGGGAUAGAUAAUAUUAGUCUCUUAUACUUUUCUAUAAUAUUUCGAUCUAUUUCCUGCUUUGGAACUUCACAUUUCUACCGACUAUAUAUGAAAUGGAAAUUUCAUUAUUUCACAAUGUUCAGUUUGCUACGUACAUGUUCUUCUCUCG